AUGACAAUCCAAGCAAACCACGGUGCCUCUAUUGCAGAUAUCAUUGCGAUCGGACCUGCGUCUGAAGGCGUGCAGGCAUGGCGAGAGAGAUGCGGAAUCAAGACGGAGUCUCAGAUCCGUCUGGUUAAGCUAGCGCAUAUGCGCUACCAACACCCCAAUCUAGACGAGAUCACUCUCUUCCUCGAAGACUUUGGUAUGAUCAUUGCAAAGAAGACUGAUAAUGAAAUUUGGUAUCGGGGCUAUGGAAUAGACCCCUACGUUUACUAUGCGAAGAAAGGUCCUAAGAAGUUCCUCAGCGGUGCCUUUCAGGUUGAAUCUUACCAGGACCUGCAGAGGGCGACAAACCUACCAAACGCCGGCGAGAUACAGGAGCUCAAUCAUGCCCCGGGUGGAGGCUACAUGGUGACUUUAGAAGACCCCGAAGGAUUUGGAAUAAGCUUAUUCUGGGGACAAACGCCAGCUACCCCCGGCGCAUAUCCAGAGAAGCUCGAGAUCAACUAUGAGACUGAAAAGCCAAGAGUCCGUAGGUUCCAGCGGUUCCAACCCGGUCCUGCUGCAGUUCAUAAGCUCGGCCAUUACGGCGUCUGCACUACAAAUUUUGAAGUCCUUGUCGACUUUUACACGAAGAACUUCAACAUCGUCCCCACAGAUUUUCUCUACGUCGAGGUUGAAGGAAGCAAAAAGAACGUCGCGCUGUUUGCCCAUAUCGACCGCGGUGACAAGCACGUUGACCACCAUUCAUUCUUCAUGAGCUCAAACCCAACAACUCACGUACACCACUGCUCAUUCGAAGUCCACGAUUUUGACACACAGAAGCUGGGCCACCAGUGGCUUGCAAAUAAGAAUUAUAAGUCGGUCUGGGGGGUUGGUCGGCAUAUUCUUGGUAGUCAGAUCUUUGACUACUGGUGGGAUACUACAGGGAACAUGAUUGAGCAUUAUGCUGAUGGAGAUUUGGUGAAUGACCAAACACCGAUAGGGUAUGGACCCGCGGGUGAUGAGUCUCUGGCUGUCUGGGGGCCUGAAGUACCAUCUUGGUUCUUGCAGUGA